UCCAGGCUGGUGUCCUCCAUCCAAGCCAUCAUGGCGACCCUCUCGGGAAUUGUAGUGAUCUUCAGCUGCAGAGAUGUGGUGCAUGACAGGCACUGGAUCGCCCGCGAAUAUGUCUGGAUUGUUGUGUCCUACAUGACGUACGACAUCUACGUCAUGUAUCUUUGCCACUGGCACAAGAGCGAAGAGAAAGGACAGACAGACGGAAAGUACUCUUCAAGCAGCAUCAGAAGCUUUCUGCAGAAGGAACGGCUGAUGGUCACCCACCACAUCUUCAUCCUCCUUGUCUUAACGCCGGUGGCUGUGCAUCUGCGAGGGGAACUCGGGGACUUUUUCGUGGGCUGCAUCUUCACCGCCGAGCUGAGCACCCCGUUUGUUUCGCUGGGGAAGAUCCUGAUGCAGCUGAAAAUGCAAGAUUCCCUUCUGCAUAAGGUCAACGGGAUCCUCAUCCUGGUCACCUUCUUCCUCUGCCGGAUCGUCCUCUUCCCGUACAUGUACUGGGCCUACGGGCGACAGAUGAACUUGCCCCUUUACGAGGUGCCCUUCCGCAUCCCCCUGCAUUGCAACGUGGCCAACGCUCUGCUGAUCGCGCCCCAGAUCUACUGGUUCGUCCUCAUCUGCAACAAAGCGAUGAGGCUCUACAGCAGCUCGCCUGUGCCCGACCGAACCCGAUAGCGGCACCGGAUGCCGGCUUUGGAACCAACCUGUCUCACCUUUCCGAAUCGGGGGCUUUGGGGAGGCACCGUUUCGGAACCAGCCAGGGUGAAGAAGGACCUCCCGUGAGGUCCCUUCGUUGUGGCGUGACAGCCCCUGGCCUCGAGGUUGUAUGCUCCCCAAAGCCUCCUCCCGCCCCACGCACAGCUUGCCGGUCAAUGACUGCAGCUGCUGCAGUGUCCCAGAUGCGGCCAGAUGUUGCAGCUGGAACCUGGGGCGCGUGGCCGGCCAGCCGCAGGGGCCGUGAGAGUUCUGCAAGUCUCUCCUUUAGCCCUGAGGUCUCUAGUUGGCUGUUUAGGGCAACGAGAGGAAAGAACACCACACAGACUGAUCCGCGUGUCCUUCUCCGAUGUACCUAAUCGGGGUCUGCCCUGAUCUUUUCUCUUCCCCACCUUGAAAUCCUGCCAUCUUUACACUCCUCCACCCUCCCGUCUCCAAGGCUGCUUCAAGAUGUUCACCGUUGUGCCAGGCCGCUGGUAAAACGUCGAUCGCCUUAUUUGGACACCUUGAAGGCUGCCUUGAUUUUAAGAAAAGUGCCGAGGAAUUGCCUCCAGAAAAUUUCAGCAUCCUUUUUUUUUUCUUUGAAAAAAAAAAACCUUAACUUUCUCAUGCUUCUAGUUCAUAAGGAUCACCUUGCCCAGCAAAACGGCAGAAGCUGGGAAAGAGCGGCGUCGCCUUUGUUCCAAAUCACAGAAGGAUUUUCGGUUGGAACAGACAAUAUUGCAGAAUUCUGCAUUUUUACAAUUUUUGCACACCCCAGGUUUUCUUUCGAUGCACAAUAUGGAAAAUGUGGCCAACAUCAAAGUCAUUUUGGAACAGAUGCCAACACUUGAAGUUGAUAACAAACUCCUUGUUAUUCAGGAGGACGCCAACAUAUUUCAAGAAUCCAAACUUGGCUUUGGAUGCUGAAUUAGGGGCAGGAUUUUGGACUGGGGAAGGAGAGCGAGCCUCACACUCCCUCCGAAGUCUGGGCCAGAAUCAGCACUCUUGAACCCUUGUUUACUGCUGAACAUUUGACCCAGAGUCAUCUGCAGGUAGUGGUGGUGGUGGGGAGUCAAAUAAGUCAAGAUGGCAGCUACGUGAGGGCAAGACCACCCCUUUUUCAAUGCUGCGUGUGUGUGAUGCACCUAAAAAUGGAAGGGGCUUCAGUUACGGAGUUCCCAUUGCCAUCUUGAUUUUUCUGACCCUCCCUCUCUGCAGAUGCCCCUACUGAACAGAGAAAGGAAGGAAAAUCGGGAGAGUGAGCGAUCUGAAAUGAAGAAGUAUUUCAGGUGGCCAAGGAUAGACUGAACCAGCUGUAUUUGCUGUGCAGAUCUGGAAGAGAAAAGAAUCAUAAGAUUCGCUGGUGCCUUGCAGUUGUCACUCUGCUCCCCUGAAGUCCGUAGGAUUAGCAAGCCAAGAUCACGCAGUAGAUGCCAAUUCACUUGCACCAGCAACAUGUCACGCUUCUGAUCUGCAGCCACAUCCCGUGCCAGCUGCCCCUCAACUGGGCCUAAUUCAGCACACCCAAGAAGAGAAACGCUUGGCUGAGAAGUUUGGUCUGUCUCUGACCAUCCCUUCGUAUAGAGUGGGCCUCUUUCCACUCAUUUCUGGAAAGAAGUUGGGCGUUGCACCCUCGAGGCUGUGUUUUGGGGCACAGGAGAAGGAAGAAAUGUUUCCCAAACCUGUCCGUGGCCAAGUCAAAUUGACGGACCUUGAAAGGGUGGCCAAAGCUGCUAGCGAGAGUGUGAUCGCCUAUGAGCUAAGCAGGUGUUUGCUUAACUCUUGAAUAAACCACGGUUUACUGGCUGUGUCUGGAUGGUCCACCAGACCAUGGACAAGCAAACUGGAUUUUGUGUAAAGCUGUAAUUUCUGCAGUUGUUUUGCUCAUGGUAGCAAACAGCUGCUUAGGUUUAAGAAGUGGGUUUGGGACUUCCCACCAAGUUGGCAAACAGAUCCAGAAAUCAGAUGAGGAAGUUCCUACAGUAGCCGAGAUAUUAGUGAAUCAUCAGUUGAUUUCUGAGAAGGCAGCCUGCUGGGUGGGGAAUUCUGGGAGUUGGAGUCCACACGUUAAAAGUUGCUGAGGUUGAGAAACAAGGUUUUAGAUUACGAAAAACGUCAUGGGCAUUUUCUUCCCUGUUUCCACCACUCCCUCAAAAUAACUGUUGCUUUCAUGCUCCCCCGUGUGCCAAGCCUGGUUAGUUUUUUCUGUGUUUUGUGAACCUGCUCCAUUUUGUCAAUGUAUUUUGCACAUCCAGAGAACGAGUUAAUGCAGGAACCAGAUUAAAUGCGUUGUCUGACAGUCCUGGUUUAUAUUAAUAAGUCCUUGCCCCGACAGGAGCAUUUUUUCCCCAGUGUUAAAGCCCUCAGUGAUGUUACAUCACCUUACAAUGUUGUUGUAACCCCCAAAAGUGCAAUAUAUAAAUAUGCGCACACAUGCACAUUUGCACGAUGGAGAGUUGCUGAGAUGCAUUUAAACACUGCCCUGCAGCCCAACAGGGUUUUCCUCCUGCCUUUGUUAAAACAUUUUUAACAUGAGAUGUGGUGCUGGCUACCAGCUUGGCUGGCUUCCAGACGGGGUAGGAGCAACUCCUGGAAGUCCUGGGCAUCGGGGCUCUUAGCCUGGCUGGCAGUGGGACUGCCUCUGAAGGCCUCCUGCUGGGAGACUGGCGGGCUUCCUUGGGCAGCCGGUGGGCCACUGGGAGAACAGAGCUGCUGGAUGAGACGGGCCAGGGGUCCGAUCCAACAGGGCACAGCUUCUGUUCUUGAUCUUAAAAUAGCUGAUUUUGUGAUAACCCUCCUAGCAAACGCUCCUGUGUCUGCUGUAUUUCUCUCUUUCUUGCUGUGAUAGGCCUGCAAGUGUAUUUUGUUGUGGUGAUUGUU